GAGAUGCCAGAAGCUGCAGUAAAAUCCUCCUCCAAUAAAUACCAAGUCUUCUUCUUUGGGACCCACGAAACGUGAGUGGGGCCCCGGCACCCCCCGUGCAAGGAGAAGUUUGGGAAACCCAACAAACGGAAAGGGUUCAGCGAAGGUUUGUGGGAGAUCGAGAACAACCCCACCGUCAAAGCCUCCGGCUACCAGCCCACCCAGAAAAAGACCUGCCCCGAGGAUGCCGAGCCGGAGCGAGAGCCGGAGGGCGACGGGGAGAAGAAGGGCAACGCGGAGGGCAGCAGUGAUGAGGAGGGGAAGCUGGUGAUCGACGAGCAGUCCAAGGAGAAGAACGAGAAAGCCGGGAUCAAGAGGAAAGCAGAAGAUGUUUUGGAGGACUCCCCCAAACGUACCAAGGAGGCGGAGGGGCAGGAAGGGGAGAAGAAGGUAGACAACGAAGAGACACCCAAGGAGGAGCCGAAACCCAACCUGGCCGAAGGGGAGAAGAACAGCGACGCCGCCGGCAUGCAGGACGCCAACGAAGCCAAGCAGGAGGGCAAGGAGAAGGCGGGUGCAGAGGAGGUCAGAGACCACAAGGAGAG